AUGGUCGGAGCAACAGGUCUUACACUGGCGUGUACAGGUAUCCUAACCACAGCAUUUAUCACCCUCGUCGCUAGCAUUCUCCUCCAACAAAACAACUCGUUCCCAACCCUUCACUGUGUUGCUGAUCCCACCAUCCAGUACAUUACAACCCUCGAUCCGUCUCUACCCAAAGCCAAUUGCUUUCGAGUUCAGGAUGGGAUCUUUACUGAAGUGCUAGGCGAUGUGCCAACUACCAAUGGCAAAGAAGAGAUUACGUGGCUAGAUGGAUAUGUCCUGCCAGGUUUCAUUGACUCCCACGGGCAUAUCUUGCAAUAUGGAGAGAUGCUUGAGUCUGUGUCAUUGUACGACGUGAAGAGUGUCGAACAAAUGAGAGCCCGUAUCAAAUCCUUUUUACAGGAACAUAAAGACGAAGGAUAUGGGACACGUGAGAAGUGGGUCCGUGGAAUUGGAUGGGAUCAAGCAAACUUUGGGGGCGUGAUGCCCACGGCUGAUGAGCUCGCCGCCGAUCCAGCACUUUCAGAUCUUUAUAUUAUGCUCGACCGCGUUGAUGUCCAUUGCGUUCUUACCUCCAAAAAGGUCCUCGAUCUACUCCCCAUCCCACUCCCUGAAGCACCACCAGGAGGUGUUAUAGUAACCGAUCCGGGGCCAGGGGUAUUCUGCGACAAUGCCAUGGAUGCUAUUAUCUACCCACUGGCCCCAGUGCCUGAUGUUGCUCAAAAGACCAGGUGGUUCAAAACAGCCAUGAGGGAACUAAACAAAGUGGGUAUUGUGGGCAUUGGAAAUGCGGGGAUGCGACCUGAUGAUGUAGUCAUUCUAGGUGGCAUGGCUGAAAAAGGAGAUCUAAGCAUUAGGAUCAAUGUCAUGAUCGAAUGCGAAGAGAGAAACACGUACUGUCCCCAGGAAAUCGACAAGCUGAAGUUUUUCGACCAACAGUCGAGCUUUGGUGGGAAUAUGUUAAUGCUUGGUGGGGUUAAGCUUUUCGCUGAUGGCGCCUUGGGUUCUUGGGGCGCCGCCCUUUUGGAGCCGUAUUCUGAUAAACCGGAAACGAGCGGGACGAUGCUUAUUAAUGAAACGGAGCUCACCAGUGUAGUAAAAGAUUGGUAUGAAGCUGGGUUUCAGGUAAACAUCCACGCCAUCGGAGACCGAGCCAAUCGUGCCGCCGUCGACGCCUUUGAAAAUGUCCUGGGGCCGGAUUGCAACAACUGCAACUCUGAAAGGAGGCUCCGAAUCGAGCACGCACAAAUAAUACACCCAAAAGACCAAGCCCGUAUCGCCAAGCUUGGCAUAAUCCCCUCGAUCCAACCCACUCACGCAACAUCAGAUAUGGCCUAUGCUCUGUCCCGUCUCGGCGAAUCUCGCCUGAGCCACUCGGCAUACCGUAUGCGUAGUCUCGUCCCUCCUGUACCUCCUCCGUCCAGAUACCCUGGCCCUGUCCUAGGCUCCGACUUCCCAGUCGAGCCAGCCGACCCAUUCGCUGGCAUGUUUGCAGCUGUGAGGCGGCUCUCUCCUUCCACUCACACGAGUCCAUCUGGUGAAAAUGGAUGGUAUCCGGAGGAGAGAUUAAGCAUUGAACAAGCACUAAGGGGGUUCACUGAGAAUGCGGCAUAUGGAUGGUUUAAGGAAGGGAAGAUGGGAGGGAUACAAGUUGGUAUGUUAGCUGACUGGGUGCUUAUCGACGAGGACAUUAUGGGUGAUGAGACGGGCUGGACGCUAACAAAACUCGAAACCCGCGAAACCUGGGUUGGUGGACAGAAAGUGUUUGAUUAUUCCUCGACCUUUAAUCCAAACCCAAGUCGGCCUUGGAUAAAAUGGCCUCGAUUGGUCAACGUAUGGACGUGGAUAUGGAGAUUAUUCUGGAUAUGA